ACAAUGCUCUUGCCAAUGGAAUUAUAUAACUGGAUAUGUGUAGACUACUUCUUUGUACACAACUUUUGGUAUAAUGGUACUCAAAGAGCUUAAGAAUAACAAUCAAAACGUUAUGUUAAAUCGACGCACUCAACGAAAGAUACCUCAAGACUUCAAAGAUAAACUAUUGCCACCUUCGAAACGCCUGAAAACAGAGAGUGCAGAAGAUGGAGAUCUUAGUUCUCGAUGUCCUUCCGAUGAAGAAGAAUUACCCUUAUCACCACGAAUUGGAAGUCCAGUUCAUCUCAGAAAAACAGAAAUUCUUGAUUCGGAAGAUGAAGGAGAAGAUGAAAUGGAUCAGAUUGGGGCUCCCAGAGUGACGGAAUUGGAGAGUGCAUUACCACCAGUUGAUAUUGAUAAAAAUGCAAUUGCUAAAUAUGAAGCGAUGCGUGCGGAGGUUGAUAACCUCCCGGAUGAUCUCAAGUCGAGAUUAAGUGGGAGGACCUGGGAGAGGGGUAAAAGCAGUAUUUAUAGUGAUGCUUUCAACCUUGCAUUGGAAACUGUCUUGGAGGAUGAAGGGCAUCUAUUUGAUGAGAAGGAAAUGGAUGUAUUCAACCAAUGGAGAGACUUGGAUUAUGAGGCUCAGUAUUUGUAAGGUGCAAUUCCUUAUUUCCCAAUUGAGAUCUUUCCAGGACUAAUGGAGAUAGGUAUGUGCGUCUUUUCUUGCGGAAAACAUCGGCUUGGCAUCGUAUCAAUCGCUUGGGUUAUCAUAGAGAUUUGACAGACGUUCCUACAACUUCGAAAGUUUUGCAGUCAAUGCGGGAAUUACCAGAGUCUGCAGCGACGGUUCAAGUCAAUCCAGCGGAAUUGGGACCUCCGGAAGGGACCGUUCUCCAAAACUCAUUUACUUUUGCUGAUUCGUCUGAAGGUCAGAUCAAAACACUAGAUGAAGCAUUAUCUCUCCUGAAUCUAGAUGAGCUCAAGGGUCUUGCAAAAGAGCUUAAGGUUCAAGGGAAAAACAAAGCCGAUAUACUGAAAGCACUUCGUGAAACAAGUCAACGUCAGAGUGGCCUCGGCUAUGUGGGUCUGAAAAGGGCUGACAGUAUGUCAACAUCGAUACCAACCACUCCAGAUGGAGCCAUCCCCGAAGAAGAAGAUGAUAGUCUCGAUCAUGUGAAUAGAGAUGUUCAUUUCCUCAGAAAGAUCAUGGCUAUAACAGGACCAUGUAUACGACUUUCUCUCCCAGCUUUAAACUUAUUCGAGAGAGUUCAUCUCGUUUUCUAUAGAUCAACCGAGUGGACUGAUAAAUCCCUCACAACCAUUAUUCUUGCCAGAAUUUCCCGUCGCAACUUUCCUAGCUAUAUUGUCUCACGAUCUACCAAUAUUUUCUCCUCUCGCUCCAUACUCCUUGAGUUUGAAGCCUCAAUAAGAACUCAAUACCGCGUUGAUAGCAUCCUCGAAUACAGCAAUCGGGGCAAAGCUGGGCUGGAUGAAGUAAUGGAAAUCUUCGAAGAAGUAUAUCCCCGCUGGAAAGUUCUCCUAGCAGAAGAACAACGCAAAGAAGAUAGCAUAUACGAAAGCGGAGAAGGGGCUUACCUUCGUCGUUUUUCUCCUGCUUGGGUAUACACACGAAUCGUGCACAAGGGCCUAUAUGUUUUCGGCCGUUUCAAAAACCAUGAAAAAGAACACGCAAUCCUCACCGAACUCCUCAAUCAAAAACUUUUCCAUUCAGCCAAGCGAGGUGCAUGGUACCAACGAAAGGCACUUCUCGAAGAACAUUACAUGUACACUCUCCAACCGGUCCCUGGGAUCAACGACACCGAGCAACAAAAACGCCACUGGAAACGCGUCUCACUUUGUACCUGCGAACAAGGACUCCAAGAUAGACAUUGCCACGUCAUCUACCACUACGACCUCCAAAAACGCAUUCAAAAACUCGAGAAAAAUCUCAAAAUUCCUAAACGAGAAAAACAUGAUUUCGAUCACGCGCUCCUCACAAAACCCCUCGAAAUAACCAUCCAAGGAAUCCAAAUCAAAAAACAAUACCUAACACCCACCACACUCCGUCGUCGAUCCAGCGCCCCAAAUGGAAUCGAAGAGCGUCAACGCAGCACUAAAACGAUCUGGAUAGAUGAGUACGAAGGAAAUGGCGCAUCGGAAUGCUCCGUCGAGGAACUAUGUCUAAGCUAUUACCGCAGCCAGGGACUAAAGGGAUACCACUCCGAAGGCGGCAUCCUACGCACUCUAUUCGCCUAUCUAUUCUUCGACAUCCUCUUCCUCUACAUCCCCAACGUCUUCCAAACCCAGUACCAAACGUGUCCCCUAGACCUCCACACGGAUGCAUUUUUCGCAGCAAGAGCAUCGGAGAUUAAUCAUCGCAUUGUAGAGAUUGAAAAUGGAAAGGCGCCGGAAAUUAUUAGGAAUGUGUGGGAAAGUGAGGCGGAUAAACGAACUUGUGUUGUGGGUUUGAGGUGGGAAUUCGAUGUGCAUGAUUUACAGGAGAUUGUGGAUGCGUUUGGUGGCGCUGGAUUGGGAAAACUCAUGAGGGUUAUGGCUGAGGAGUAUAGGGUUCGGGGGGGAGGAGUGCCGGAUUUAUUUUUGUGGGAUGUGGGAGAGGCGAAGGUUGAGCAGAAAGAUGAACUCAACGAAAAGCCAAAACCUCGCUCAAAUAAAAUCAACCCCAAAAAUACACCAACCAAACAAAGAAAAAAAGAAGUUAGAUUCGUAGAGGUAAAAAGUGAGAAUGAUCGCUUAAGUGAUACUCAACGCAUGUGGAUUCAUGUAUUAAUGGGAGCGGGUAUAAGGGUAGAGCUUUGUAAUGUGGUUGCGAGGGAGGUGAGGGUUAUUGAUACGGGGUGAGGGAGUUAUGAGUUAUGGAGUUGAGGGUUGGAAAAGGGGGAAGGGAGAAGGGUGGAGUUGAGGGGGUUGGCAGGUUACGACCUGGGACAGUUAGACUAGCUGUGAUAGUUAAGAUACAUGGAUUGCAUGUACAUGUACUACAUAGACAGGCUGGAGUACUCAAGGCAAUCUCGAU